GAUUCGUAGGAACUCUUUUACUUAUUGACGAACGUCAACAAUAUUUAUUUCUAGAUCUAGAUCUGGAUCUAUAAUCUAAAAUCUAGAUCUAGCUCUAGGGUCUAUAUAAUAUAAUACUAUAUUAUAGAUCUAGAUCUAGACCGUUUUUCAUUUCAACUAAUGACGUAAAUUCUAGUAAUUACUGUAUUCUGUAAACAGUAAAGUAAUGGGAGUACCAAAGAUUUUUCAAUGGCUCAUAGUGCUCAGCAUAAGUUUGAGCAUUUGGAUGGCAUAUGCUGUUGGCUAUUUUAAGACAGACUUAUCUAAAGAAUAUCAUGACAUUAUAAUUGUGCUUCCAAUAUAUGCAUUGAUUACAUUUGCUUGUUGGGUAUUAGCUGUUAUUGGAUUUAGAGUGGCUACAUUUAAUGAUUGUGUUGAUGCAUCAGAACAGUUAAAAGAGCAAAUUCUGGAGGCAAGAAGAGACCUUGAAAAGAAAGGUUAUAAAUAUGCAUCUGAUUGGAAAUAAUAUUAUUGCUGAAAAUUAUUUAAUAUAUAAAAAUAAACUAUCAUCAAACUUUUAAAA